UGAGAGCAAUGUCAGAAUCAGAUCAAUAUGAACGACACACAAGGAGGCACAAGUGCAAUGCUCCCCGGUAGCCACCAGCCGGGCUCCCUCCUCCUGCAGCCCAUAUGGGACCUGAUCCUGAGUCAGGAGCAAUGGAUCCGCUCUCCCUUCUACCCAGUUCUCUUCUCCUUCUCAGUCUAUGUGGCUUUCUGUGUCCCUUAUCUCAUGCUGGACUGUCUGGCACCCUGGGUACCGGUGCUUAAACGCUGUCAGAUCCAGCAGCGCACUAACACCAGCCUGGCAAUGAUGGCCCACUGCUUGGCAUAUACAGUCUAUAGCCACCUGGUGUUCAUCUUCCCGGCUACAGUCGCCUACUGGUACUGGAGACCCGUGACGUUGCCCACUGGGGCCCCUCAGCUCCACCGGCUCCUGCUGGACGUUAUCUCCUGCCUGUUGCUCUUUGACUUCCAGAGCUUCAUCUGGCACCUGGUGCACCACAAGAUCCCCUGGUUGUACAAGAACUUCCACAAGAUGCACCACAAAUACACCUCCACCUUUGCACUGGCCACUCAGUAUUCUGGCGCCUGGGAGACGCUCUCCCUUGGAAUCUUCGCUGGGGUGGCCCCUAUAGUGUUGGGGUGUCAUCCAAUGACUGAGAUGGUUUUCUUCAUCGUCAACAUCUACCUGUCAGUUGAGGAUCACUCGGGCUACGACUUGCCCUGGUCCUCCCACAAGCUGGUACCAUUUGGACUUUGCGGGGGACCCGGUCACCACGAUCUCCAUCACCAGAAGUUCAACUACAACUAUGCACCUUACUUUACCCACUGGGAUAAGCUCUUCAACACUCUAGCCAAGCAGCCAAGCAAAUAACGGAGCUAUUUCAUUGGUCCAGAACAUUUCCAAAAUAUGAACUGUGAACCUGAGACUGACGUGCACGUCAGAGACUGCCGGGACUUUAAAUGGGUUGUAGCAACUACAUGAGAAGCACUUACCCACUGUGAUUUAAUUUAUUAUGGGAUGUCUGUAUAUUUGUAUGUAUAAUAAUCUAUUUAUUUCGCUAUUUACUAAUAUAUAUAUCUGUAUGACUGGCGCCUAGAGCAACAGGUCUUGCCCUUUGCCAGGUUUCACCCUCUCCAAUGUUAUACAGUUUGCUGGCAAAUCUGUGACUCCCAAUUAUCCCUGGUUUACAGAGGAUGCUGGGACAUGUACUAUUUAUUCCACUGCUGAGCAGUUUAUUAGCUUUGCCUUUUAAGCAAGAUAAUGAUCAAAGGAUCAGAUGAAGGAAAAGAGGAAGUGAAGGUUUAAUUCAGUGGAGACUACAACUCCCAGCAUGCAUGGCAGCCUUCAUAUAUAAUGAGGUGGUUGGAUGAAAAUGUUGGCACAAUGCCUGUUCCACCACUGAAAUGAGAGGUCCAGUAAGUGAAUAACAGACGGUUAUUGGUUAAGUAGGGAACUGAUGGUUUAAUUGGAAGAAAGUGAAUAACAGAAGGUUAUUGGUAGGUGAGAAGCCAAUGGGUGAACAGAAUGUAAAUUGAUGAGGAACAGAAGUGAAUAACAGAAGGUUAUUGGUAGGUGAGAAGCCAAUGGGUUAAUAGGAUGGAAGUGAAUAACAGAAGGUUAUUGGUAGGUGAGAAGCCAAUGGGUUAAUAGGAUGGAAGUGAAUAAUAGAAGGUUAUUGGUAGGUGAGAAGCCAAUGGGUUAUUAGGAUGGAAGUGAAUAACAGUAGGUUAUUGGUAGGUGAGUAGCCAAUAGGGAAUGGUAAAAGCAAGUUAUAGUUCUGCCUGUAGAGGACUAAGGAAGGUGAUGUGCUGUUAAUAAUAAUGCAAUUACAAACAGAUCUGCCAUUAGAACAAACAAAUUCCUAAAACUGAAGUCUGCAAACGUAUCUUGAUACUGAGGAUGCUGGGAGAUGUAGUGUCUUUAAAUUGUGUUCAUGCAAUGACUGACUGCGCUGAGCCAUUGAACUUUAUGUACAAGCCGUGUCCCUCCAGUUGUUGUGAGUUGCAGUUCAGCAUCAGCUGGAGAAGUUGAAGAUUCUAGUAAUUUGUGCUGUUAUUGUGAAUUACUGAUGCAUUCCACUAUUCUGUGAAACAAUAAACAAAUGUUAUUUGAAUUUUUAAAAAA